AUGGUCCGUAAAGGAAGCCCCAAAGUUCGGACUGGAUGCAUCACCUGCAAAACCCGCAAAGUCAAGUGCGACGAGGCUAAACCAAUAUGCAAUCGCUGCACCAGUACAGGCAGACGCUGCGAUGGUUACAGACCCGCUCGUCAAGGAACCGUAUCCCUACACCAGCCAAACCAGGUCUUCCCAGGAGUCACCAAGGUCAGCGAGGGUCGAGCUCUACAGUACUUCUGUGAGAUAGCGGGACCAGUAAUGUCAGGAGCUGUGGAUCCCUAUUUCUGGACACACGUCGUCAUGCAGUUCAGCAACUUCGAGCCGGCCGUCAGACACGCCGUCAUUUCCAUCAGCAAUCUCUAUGAAGAGGCUCAGGGCACUUUUGAGGCUACUGCCGUUGUACGUCACAGCAAUCAAAAUUUGGCCCUCCACCACUACAAUGCCGCUAUUCAGGAGUUAAGGGCCAUGGACUCUCAAGAAAAACAGCCCAUAAUCUUGCUCGUUUGCGUUCUCUUUAUCUGCGUGGAGAUCAUGCGCGCCAACAGAAAAGCAGCACUGCAGCACAGCAGGCAUGGUGUCGAGAUCUUGAAAAACAUCUCUCCCGACUACAUGUUCUCGUGGACCAUGGAGCACCUCCUACCCAUAUUCCGGCGGCUUAGCGAGUUUGCUCUCUUCUUCGGCGACGAAGAGUCGGAUUUCCCUGACAUCAGGGCCCUAGAGGGUCCCAUGCCGCAAUUCUUCUUGACAUUCUCAGACGCGCAGCUGAUGCUCGAUGUCCUCUUCAAUCGAACAGCAGAAUUCAUGCGCACCCAGCGCAACACACAACGAGCCGCUUCAAAGUCACCUGAACCUGAUGAAACCGGAACACCGCCUCCUAGUCUUCUCUCUGAGCAGGCCGCUAUCAACAGUCUCCUAGGCCAGUGGUUCAAGCUCUACAACGAUUUCAUGGCUAUCAAACCCAAGGAGGCGCCAACUCAAAACAGUCAGAACAGCAAGUCAGACUCAGAUCGACCAAAGAUGCUGCAAUGCUUUCUUUUAACUCGUUAUGAGUGCUGCUGCAUAUGGCUCAACAUGGCAUUCGAUACAAGCGAAGCCGGCUAUGACAGAUACAUCACCAACUUCCGGAGGAUUCUAAAGCGGCUCCUCUGGCUAGAAGCAGAGGUCCCGGACCCUUUACGCUUCAAUACCUCAAAACAUCCGCAUUUCAUCUUCGAAGCUGGGUUUGGCGCUAUGCUUUUCUUUCUAGUCUCAUCUUGUCGUGAACUAGAAACACGACUAGAGUUCUUACGGCUUAUGCCGGUGUUGGGUCUCCCGCGGGAAAAUCUUUGGGAAGCAGACGUCCUAGUUGCGGCUGCAAGGAAAAUAAUUGAGCUCGAGCACGACAUCAAAUUGGAUAUACAUGGGCGGCCUGUGUCUUCACCAUCGUUCGUGCAGCCUCCUGGGGAGAUGAGGGUAACAGACCUGUGGACAGAAUCUCAGAUGAGACCGGACAGUCUGCAAAUGGACGACCAGGGUGUCUCCCAUCGAACGAUACAGGUUGUGAGGAGAGACUCCAAGGGUCAGACCUAUCUGCAGUCCGAGAAUCUUGUCGUGAAUGGUAGGAUGACUGGGUAG